AUGUCCUCCCUCUUCCGAAGAGCACCCCAGCGGCCACGCUCUGGACACGGGACGUCGUCGAGGGUGCUUGUCAAGCGUUUGCUUCGGUCUUUCCUCUAUCUCGUUGCAUGGAUCUUCUUACUCCUCGUGGUCAUCGGCAAUGUCUCCAAUCGCCCUGUUGUUCGGCAGACCUACUUCCUGAAAAUGGAUCUCUCCAACAUCGUUCCCUUGUCCGUCGGGAGUGAUGUCCUGGUCAACAGUAUUGCUCGCUCCAUCGGUCUCCAUGAUUUCUAUCAAGUCGGCCUAUGGGGCUUUUGCGAGGGUUACGAUGAUACUGGAAUCACUCAUUGCUCGAAGCCAGAAUCCCUUUAUGCCUUCAAUCCCGUCCAGAUAAUCCUGAAUGAAUUGCUGUCGGGUGCUACCAUUGCCCUUCCAGCGAACGUCACCGAUGCUCUCAAGAUAGCCAAAACCGCCUCCUACUGGAUGUUUGGUCUUUUUCUUACUGCAGUUGUUCUCUCAUUUGUCCUGAUCUUCCUCUCCCCCUUCGCCGUCUCCUCCCGUUCUCCGCGCAAACCACGAGACACAUCUCGCCCACCUCACCGCCGUGGCACCUUCAUCCUUUUCCGCUCCUUGCCAUUUACAAUCAUAUCUUUUAUGAAUGCUCUCAUGACCAUUGCCGCGUCUGUAGUGGCGACAGUCAUGUUUUCCAUCUUCAAGAAUGUCUUCGAUGGCACCUCUGAGAUCAACAUCGUGGCCACAUUGGGCCCGCGUAUGAUGGCGUUCAUGUGGAUUGCUUCUGCCUUCAACUUGUUUGCCUUCGUUCUUGAGUUUGGUUCGUUCUGCGCCCUCUGCUGCUGUUGCUGCAGCUGCUGUGGCCGGAAGAAACGCCGAUCGUUCCGCCAUGGGAUGGGCGAAAAAAACGGUCCUGGAAGUCCAUCUGACGACAGCACACUGAAAUAA